AGGAUGUGUGGGGUAUCAGUGCGAGUUGUGUCCGUACUACUGACCCUCAGUGUGUGUCUCUGUUCCUCACCCCCAGAGGAUUACGUGGUUCAGAUGAAGGGUCAGUGUUACUACAGGAACGGCACCGACAAUGUCAGGCUUCUGGUGCGCUACAUUUAUAAUCAGGAGGAGUGCGUCUACUUUGACAGUGAUGUGGGUUUGUUUAUCGCUAAAACCGAGCUGGGGAAAGUUCAUUUUGCGGAUUAUUGGAACAGCCAGAAGGAGACCCUAGAGCAGAAACGGGCUGAGGUGGAUACAGUCUGCAGACACAACUAUCAGCUAUAUAAACCCUACACUAUAGACAGGAAAUCUCAACCCAAUGUGAAGAUUGUAAACAGAAAGACGCUAGAUCUGGAACAUGAAAACCUAAUAACCUGUUUGGUAGAUGGGUUCUUUCCUCCUAUGAUAAAGGUGACUUGGCUGAAGAAUGGGAUUGAAGAGGGAGAACAGGUCACGUCCUCAGAGUUACUACAGAAUGGAGACUGGACAUUUGAAAUCCAUGUGAUGCUGGAGACAACCAUUAAACAUGGUGACACUUUCACCUGCCGGGUGGAGCACAGCAGCCUUCAGCAACCUGUAUCUGUAAACUGGGAGCCAGAUGUAUCUGAUUCUGCUCGCAAUAAGAUGCUGACUGGUAUUGUUGGGUUUGUGCUUGGAUCCAUUUUCAUCGUUGUCGGCCUUGUAGUCUACCUCCGGAGUAAGAAGACUAUGACUCGCUUUUCAAUGGUACAGAAUGAAAAUCUAAUGAGUUAAUCUAUCAAGAGAAGACAUAUUCGUAACAUCAAAUGUGGGCUGCUUUCUAUGCUUCAUUUGCACCGUCUAUCAACUCAUAACAUAAUCAAGAAAUUAUGCUCUGCUUAGUGGGAUCAACUAAAACUCAAAUCUCAACCCUGUGACUUUUACAAACUAUUCUGUACUUUUUCUUAACAUAUACAGUAUAUGGGCCAUCUUUGUUUUAUAAAACAAGGACUUUGAGGACUUUAAGGACUGUGGUACCUGGGAUAACUUCUGCAAAGUAUUUUGAACUGGCAGAGUAUUGCUUGAUCUUGGGCAUACAGAAUGUCAUUUUGUUUAAUGGACACUGUCACUAGCAGUUGCAGUAAUUUAUGCCCAAAAUCCACCUGACUCCAAAUGGUUGCAUUGGAGCAAAAUGACAAACCUGUGCUUCUCUACCAUCUGGAAAGACAAAGAAGCUAAGAUCUAGUCCUUUGUACCACAGACUAAAAUACUUUCUGGAUUACCUUUAUGUUUUCUUUACUUAUUUGCAGUAGAUCAGAUUGAAAAAAAAAAAA